AUGGCUGGGUUGCAAAGAUCGGCGACGACCUUCAGAAGGUCCGGCUCCUCAGGCCUGGUCUGGGACGAGCGUUUCUUGACUGAGGCUGACGCCGAGGCGAAGGCCGGCGAUGGCGCCGCAGAGGAUCCCCAGCCGGAGCUCCGGCACUCCAAGAGCGUCGGGAGCAUCGGCAUGCUGCGCCGUGGCGGUGCCGGUGGCGGUGGGGACAGCGACAGCAAGAAGGCGAAGGCGAAGGCGAAGGAGAAGAAGCAGAAGCAGGGGCACAAGGAGGACCAGCAGGUGUUCCGGACCAAGGACGUGACCCCGGACAUGGACCCGCCCUCGCCGAGGGUGUCCGGCUGCAUCCUCUGCGCCAUCUUCGGCGGGGGCUCUGGCGGCGCCGGCAAGGCACGCCGCCGGUCCAAGCCCAGGAAGAAGUGA